AUGUUAAAUAAACAAGCAACUGUUAUCGGAGCUGGAGUUUCGGGACUAACAACUGCAGUCCUGUUGCAAGGAGAAUAUGAGGUUACAAUUGUAUCAAAAAACUUUCCGGGAGAAUUAAAAGGCGAAUAUGCUAGCCCAUUGGCUGGCGCUCACUGGAGAAGUGAUGCAAAAUCUGGAGACACUCGGCAACAAGAAUUUGAUAGAAAGACCUUUAACCACUUUUGGGAUAUAGCCCAUACCAAAUCAUAUGAAACUGGAAUAAUGGCUGUAGACGGUUUAGACUAUUGGGAUAAACAACCUCCAUUAGGGUGGGAAGAACCAUGGUUCAAAGAUUUAUGUCCAGAAGAAGAAUUACCAGUUGGCGUUGAAUUUGGAAUUACAUAUAAGACAAUCACAAUUAAUCCACCUAAAUAUCUUUCUUAUCUCCUAAAACGCUUUUACUCUCUUGGGGGAAUUACUAAACGCACCUCUUUGUCUCAUAUCAAAGAGGCGAUCUUUCAUAAUACUGAUGUCGUAGUAAAUUGUUCGGGACUCGGUUCGAGAACUUUAGGAGGUGUUCAAGAUAAAGAUAUUUAUCCAGCGAGCGGACAAACAGUAUUGGUUCAAUUGCCCGUUGGCCACAUAAAUUGGACAUUUGGACGAUAUGCAGCCGGAAGGACUGAUGGUGGCACACAUAGAGAAAAUGAAAUUAUCACCUAUGUAAUACCGCGGGAUAAUGGAGAAGUGAUACUUGGUGGAACAUAUGGUCAGCACGACUAUUCUACUACACCUGAUGCGAAGAUUGCAGAUGCAAUUGUCUCACGAUGCCUUUCUACACGUCCAGAUCUAUUACCCAAAGGUGAAACCAAACUUAAUAUCAAAAGGCAUAGUGUUGGAUUACGUCCUGUUCGAAAAAAUGGAAUCAGAAUCGAAUCAGAAUGGACAUUAUCCGAAAAAACAGGAAAAAAAGUUUUAAUAUGCCAUAAUUAUGGUCAUGGAGGAUAUGGAUGGCAAUCAAGUUAUGGUGCAUCAACUUAUGCAAUUCAAACUCUGAAACAAGCCCUUAAGGACGCAUAUAACGGGAAUAUAGUAGCAAAUCAAACACCC